AUGUCGACGACUUCCGCCCCAGAAACCCCUCCCCCCGCGGCAGCCUCUUCUUCCUCACCGAACCCUAACCACCCCGCGCUGCCGCCGCUGAUCACCUCUCCCGCAUCGCGCCGAAGCACCCUGUCGCGCCCCAUGUCGCACGCAUCCAAGAACCGACUCUCUCAAUACUCUACGGGCUCCGCGCCUUCGAGAUCCCGGCCAACCUCUCACAUGUUUUCCGUCUAUCCCUCGAGCCUCUCAUACACAUUGGUGCGGGACUUUGCCUACCCUGUCACGCAUCACUUGCACUAUGGCCCCCCUCCGGAGCCUUCACGGCCGCCCUCGGGCAUGACCACCCCCGCUAGCGAGCAUCGCAGGCUCUCAGACCCUCCCGUUUCGUGGGAACAGAAGAUGCCCUGGGACUCUUGGGCUCCUGACGGUUAUAAUCGCGGUCAUGAUAUCGCUCCGAUUCAUUUUGGCGAUGGACCUCCAUACAGCGAGGAUGAUGACCUACAGAGCCCUGUUGUGGCCACGCGCCAUCGUAAGCACAAGUCUACCUCUGCUACGGUCGCUUUCAGUCAAAGAAGAUCAGGCCGUGACAUUGACGGCCACGGCACGGGAGGGACGCAUCCAACGGCGAACUACGACAACGAGCGGGGUUAUUACGUGGGGACUAGCGGGGAUGGUAGUGAACGGUACUAUGUGAAUCAAGGUGGCGAGGCGAAUGGUCCUGGUGGAGAGUAUGUCACUUACCCGCCUGGCCAGGCAAGACACAGUCGCGCAUACCACAUCGCCCAGCAGCCCAACCCUGCCGAGGGCAUUGAAUACUAUCAGCCCGGAUCAGACGCUUCCAGCACCCCAUCGUCUCCAGGCCUUCAUGAUGAAGAUCAAUCUCGCUACUCACGCGAUUAUCAGUUUACCAUCACGUCUCCAGACGAGGAGUUCCACGGAAAAGCCGUCGCCUUGUUUGACUUUGAGCGGGAGAAUGAAAAUGAGCUGCCCUUGAAGGAGGGCCAAAUCAUCUGGGUCUCAUAUCGACACGGCCAGGGCUGGUUGGUGGCGGAAGACCCAAAGACGGAAGAGAGUGGACUCGUCCCCGAGGAGUACGUGCGGCUACUUCGAGACAUCGAGGGAGGAAUGACCAGCCUGACUGGCCACCUUGGAGAGGGAUCUGGCUCCCCAAACGAUGUGGGCACGCCUACCCAGACGGAGCAUAGCGGUCAAUAUGGCCACACUCCAUCGUCCAGCAACGCAACUAACGGGUACCACCAGCCGCCGAUCGUGUCGAUGUUCUCGACUUCGAGCAAAGAUCUUGAUCUGUACCCGACCCAACAGCUAGGCCUCCACUCUCAAGCCCCGCCUCAAGUCAUUCAUUAUCACGGACAGCGAGGCGGGAGCCAAGCGAACACGCCUACAAUCUCCCAGCACCAAGAUACAGGGAUAAGGAGAGAGAGUCAAGAUGCAAAGAGGGCGGAUGCGAACACGACACCGGUCCAAGAAAAGCCAAGUGUUGCGAUUGGGGAAGAGAAAGUUAGCGAAGAGGCGAUGGAUGGGGAACGAUGA